GCAGCAUCCAGCCGAAGAUCCUGCCAGCGGUUUCGCUGGCCAUGCUGCGGCACCAGGGCAGGUUCUUCACGUUCGCUGAGGUCCAGGGGGAGGCUGUCAACUGUGCGGUCAAGGUGCUGGUGACAGAGGGCCUUGCCGACACGUUCGGCAUAAGCACGUCGGCGUCUGGGAUUUCAAUGGCUGACUGGUUCCGGUCGAUGGUCUUGACAAAUAUAGCUACUAAACUCACCGCUGCUGCCAACAAGCCCAACCAAGAUGAGGCUGUUAACGAUUUAACCGAUGACGUAUUCAAGACGAUUGACAUCAUCCACCCUGCCUUCAUUGCCCACGCUGACGAUUGCUAUGACUCCGUGCUCCAUGUCUCGAACAUCUUGGCCUCCAGCCGCGGUGACGACAAGGUCUCCCCCAGCAAGAUCGGCCUGGCCAUGGAUUACAUUGAGAAGCAGAAACACAUGACGAAUAUCAAGGACGCCUUCCACUUCAGCACCGUCGGGCCGGCUGCCAUGUCAGCUUGCCAGCGCCAGCUGGCGCUGACUGCCAAGGGCGACCUUGGCGACAAGAAGAUCGAUAGGGCCUCCGCAAUCUUGAACGACCUGGCCUCGUUCCCAACGUUGCUUCGGGGCCUGGAGGAGCUGCCCUCAGAACCGACGACGCUCGAGGUUGUGAACUUCGGUCUCGUCAAGACGGGCGGAGCCGCGAAGCUGUGGGGCAAUAGCUGCGAAGAGCAUGCGCCCGGAGUCGUCGAGUUCAUGGAUGCAGCUAUCUUUGCCCUUCCGGAUGUCGACUGCGUCGCUACGGUGUUCCUCUCAGCCAAUUUUGCCAAGGGUGGCCUGGGCGUUUCGCAGCGAGCGGUCGUUGUUCAAUCGUUGCCAGCAGUUCUCAUCCAUCCAGAUUACCAGACGCUGUCCCAGACCGUGCAGAAGCACUUUGUCAACGAUUGUGGCUUGCAGUUCAGCUGCGAACGCCCGAUGGAGAUUGUCGGCCAGUUUCCGCGCGGGCUGAAGGAAGCCAUAGUGACGAGUGCGAAUUUUUACCUCGGCAACCUCGCGCCCAUCGCGAAGAACAUCCAGUCCCGCAGCAGCAUCAAGGACAUGGUCGAGCGCGUGGGCGCCGCCCAGACGCUGAGAGAUAGCGGCCCUGCCUUGGAUGAGUGGCUGCAAAAGCAACUGACAGGGGAUGAGAAAUCAACCUUCCUGCCAUCUGCCCUCGAAGUUGCGAGCGCCUCGGGCCCCAUCGAACACCUGGCCGCGCACUGGAUUUGCCCCAGCGGAUCGCGGACUGCGCUUUGCACGGUCAAGUUCCCAGACCAGCCCGACUUCGAGGACAUCGGGGCCAUCCUCCAAUUUGCGAUUGGAUUGCCACGAGAGGUCAGGAGCUUACCGCUGGCAUCCCACAUGCGUGCUGGCGCUUUGGACGCCUCAGUUGACGAGUUCAUGGGCGCUGUGCGCAUCAGUGGCAUCAUCGUGGAGGUGGCUCUCGACUCGACUCCCAGCUGGUGGAAAGAUAUCGCUUCCUUCUGCUCGGCCUCGUUCCCCCAGCGCGCCUCGGAUACCGCCGGGAAGGCCGUCGCCUCGGACGAGUGCCGCUGGGAGUGCGACGGGGCCAGGAUGGCGUUUCACAUUGUCUGCGAGAUGAUGGGCGUUCCGAUGAUCAAGUCCCAGUACCAGCGCGACGAU